AGUUUGCUAUUUAGGCCCCUUACAGACCAAAACAAAUCGAGCAUUUUAUACCAAAUAUGAAAGACCACCCCUAGAUGGCUCAUUCAAAAUUUCAAAAGGAUACGACGCCUCAAACAGAAGUUAUAGCAGAAAGAAAAGAAAUUUGGUAAAAAAGUUUUUUUUUGGGCCUCUCACAACUUUUUGUUUGUCUUAUAGUAUAGAACUCUAAAGUGUCAGAACACCUACUGUGAAACAUAGAAUAAGUGUCCAUCUUUCUUUUAAAACAAACGUGACAAGUCUGCCUUGAACAGUUUUUUAGUUAUUGAUUUAUGAAUACGAAAAGCAGCUUGUGGGAUGAGAAAUUAUAUUAGAAAAACCGCUCGUGUUCAGAAUGUUACACGUGAAAAUGUUUCGAAAGCCAUAGAUAUGGUUAGGAAUCACAAUUGGGGAGUUGUUGAUGCUGCUAGAGAGUUUAAAUUGAGUGAAAGGAGUCUUUUUCGAUACUUCAAGGUCUCUGCCAACAAAGAGGUUGAUGUUGACGAAGAUUCACUUCCCUUAACAUGUGGCUAUUCUUCAAGAAAGAUCUUCACUGCAGACCAAGAGAAAGAGCUCGUAGCCUACAUCACCAAGGCAAGUGAUAUCUACUUUGGACUAAGUCCCAUGGAAGUAAGGAAAUUAGCUUUCAGCUUCGCUACUUUUCUUGAUUGUAAAAUGCCCAAGUCAUGGGAAUCUACUUCCGCUGCUGGAAAAGACUGGUUUGGAAGUUUCAUCAAGAGGAACCCAUCUUUAUCUAUAAGGAAACCAGAAGCCACAUCCCUAGCACGAGCCAGCAGCUUCAACCAAUACAAUGUUGACUGCUUUUUUAACAACCUUGACAUUGUAUUGGCUAAAUACAAAUUAACUCCACUGGAAAUUUGGAACGUAGAUGAAACUGGAAUCACAACUGUUCAAGUUCCAGAUAGAAUUGUUGGCAGGCGAGGCAAAAAACAAAUUGGAUCCCUUACAUCGCAGGAACGAGGCACAUUAGUAACUCUAUGCAUGGCCGUCAGUGCUGUUGGGAAUAGUGUUCCGCCAUUCUUCGUUUUUCCAAGAGUGCAUAUGAAGGAUGAUUUUCUGGUGAAUGCCUCAUUAGGGUCCUGCGGCUCAGCAAACAAGUCCGGUUGGAUGACUGAAAAGGAUUUUGUGUUGUACUUACAACACUUCGUAAAACAUGCUCGUCCAUCUCUAGAAAAGCCGGUUUUACUUUUGCUGGACAACCAUGGGUCCCAUUUGCCUGUGGAAGGACUAAAUUACGCCAAGGCGAAUGGCAUUAUAAUGCUUUCCUUCCCCCCGCACACUUCUCAUAGACUUCAACCAUUGGAUUUAUCAGUUUAUGGGCCACUGAAACAUUAUGUCAACGGAGCUAUAGGGGCCUGGCUCAAGAAUCAUCCGGGCCAAACAAUGACAUUCCGUCAUAUUCCUGGAAUUGUAAAGGAGGCUCUGCCAAGUGCAAUCACACCACGAAACAUUAUGGCUGGAUUCGAAAAAGCAGGUGUGGCCCCUUACAACCGAAAUAUCUUCACUGAAGAUGACUUUGCUCCGUCAAUGGUGACAGAUCGACCAAACCAAAACCAGACAAACGAAGUUGAAGAUGCGACUUCUACUGCGAUUGAAACGGCAACAACAACAAACGAAGUUGAAGAUGUGCCUCCUACUGAGAUUGAAUUUAUCAAUUUGACCGCAAUUAAAGAGAUACCAGAAGCUGAAUUAAUAAAUGCCGUUCUGGUUCAGCCAGGAUCAUCAUCUCCUUCUACAUCAUCAUCAUCAUCUAUAUCAUCACAAGCAACAGCGGACGGAUCAGUGUUGGAGAAUUUAAGACCUCUUCCCAAAGCUGGGCCUAGAAAGACGGCUGCCCGCAUUUCUAGACAACGAAAGACGGUGAUUCUGACAAGCACUCCUGUUAAAGAUAUGAUAGAAAAAGAGAAGGAAAAGACUGCAGAGAGGGCUACCAAAAAGCUGUUUGCUCAACAAAGAAAAGCUACCAAAAAAACUGCACCGUUGAAAGCAAAAGGGAAAACACCGAAAAAACGGACUAAGACUACCCCUACUGGGCCUAACGUGGACGAAAAAGAGUGUUAUUGUUUAGUUUGCCAAGAGCCUUAUUCAAAAAGCAUUUCGGCUUGGGUUCAAUGCAAAAAGUGCGGUGAAUGGGCUCAUGAGGAUUGCGUAGACGACAUGUCUAUCAAAGAAGAGUUGUAUUGGUGCGAUGACUGUAUUUAAAAAGUAUAGAUCAAUCAUCGAUUAAGGCCAGUUCAACAACAGUGAAAUCGUCUGCGGUGUAGCUAUUACACGAUCCAUCCAAACAAAGAAUCGUCUGCUGCCAACUUACCCCACCCCGUUCGGCAACUUACCCCGUAGGUGGGGCAGGUUGGCAGGAAUUUUUUUUUUGCUGUUUUUCUUAUUUUCUGAAUUUUGUGUCAAUGUAUUUCAAAAAGCAAGACGAUCAAUACAAGGAGAAUUGAAA